AUGCCGGGUAUCAACGGGCCACCGUCCGACCCUUCACCAGAAACCUGCCCGAGCUACGACCCAGAUGCACUCCAACUACCGCCCCAUCUCCUCCUGGACGCCUUCCACGGCCUCAACGUCUGCGCGCCCAUGGUGCGCUAUUCCAAGCUGGCCUUCCGCACGCUCGUAUCGCGCUACGAGACGCAUAUCACCACGACGCCCAUGAUUUUGGCGAAAGAGUUCAGCCGGACGGAGGCGGCGCGCAACUCGGAGUUCUCCACCAACGAGUUCGAGAGGGGAACAUUCGAGCUGCUACCUGACGUUCCUGAAAGCUCUCAGAGUGCGCAGCGGCGGCUCUUCCAGCUGGCAUCCAGUGUUAAAGAGGAUACCUUGGGUGAAGCGGGGCGGGAAGCGCAGGCGAUCGCGCGCAAGAUGGCCAAGCGCAAAGUGCGUGUUCGCGGAGCACUGGUUGCCCAAUUCGCCUCCAGCGAGCCAGGCCCCUUUGCAGACGCCACGGAGCUCAUCGGUCGGUUCGUCGACGGCGUCGACCUCAACUGCGGCUGCCCACAACCGUGGGCGUACGAAGAACUUCUCGGCUCGUACCUCCUACGUCAACCGGAAACUGUCCGCGACAUGGUCCGGGCCGUCAAAGCCAGGAUGGGCGAGGACUUUUGUGUCAGCGUCAAGAUCCGUAUUGACCCGGACCUUAAGUUGACCGAUGCGCUGGUGAGGAAUGCGCUGCAUGCGGGCGCGAGCGUGCUGCAAAUUCAUGGAAGGACACGGUGGCAGUCGAGCGCGGGGACGCCGGUCGAUUUGGACGGGAUCAAGUUUGCCGUGGAUGCGGCCAAUGCGUGCGGUUUCAGGACGGCCUGGGGGAGCAGGGGUGGGGCAGAGGCGAGGUUUGCCGAUGGAGGCAGUGGUGGGUUGGUGCCGUGUGUGGCGAACGGUGAUGUUUGGACGCUGGACGAUGCGAUCGGAUACAGGGAGAAGACCGGAUGUAGGGGGGCGAUGAGUGCGAGAGGGCUGCUGGCGAAUCCAGCGCUGUUUGCAGGGUACGACAAGACGCCAAAGGAGGCAGUGGGACUGUUCCAUCAGGUGGCGACGAGCUGGGGAUUGCACACGGCGCUGAUUCAGAGACACCUGGCGUACAUGUUGGAGGAAAGCUUUUGGGGUAGGGCCGAGGCGAUUCAUUUCAACUCGUUGAGUGGGGCGGCGGCGAUGACGGAUUAUUUGGCGGCGGAGGGGUUGCUGUUGGGGAACAAGGGGCAUGUGGAUCCGCUGGCGGAAAGGUUUGGCUAUGGAGUGGUGAGCAGCGGGAAAGGACAAGGCGUGGGGCCGAUGAGGUGCUGGUCGGUGAGCGAGACGCUCGCUGGAAUGGGACUCUGA